GUCAUUUUGUAUGCCAUUUAUAAAUUGAUUCCAGUAAGCAUGCAAACUAGAUUUUUUUUUAAUAUUUCAUGCCCCAUAAAGCGGAAGUCUAUUGACCAACGUCGUUAAAAACCGGCUUUCUUUCUGUCAGUGUCCAUCGAGGAAUUUUGCUCGUAUUCGUUGUGAUAGUUAAUUGUGUGUUUAGUUAUUGUAGAAAACUUUUUUGUGUUAAAAAUGUCCACGGAAAUUAGUAACCGGACAGCAUUACUUCAUAAUCAAAGAAAUGUUCCAGAGUCGACACCACAACGACCGACAAUGGAGAGCGGCGGAGCAACAGGCGCGCUACUGUACGCCGUGGUAGCUGCCGUGCUGGGUAUGCUGCAGUUCGGCUUCAACACCGGCGUCAUCAACGCUCCCAAAAAUUUCAUCGAGAAUUUCAUUAAGGAACAGUACGACGCAAGCCCUGACCUCAUAUUCGGUGUCAUCGUCAGUAUCUUUGCGGUUGGCGGUAUGAUAGGCUGCCCGCUCGCCAGCUGGGUUGCCGAUAAACGUGGCCGCAAGUUCGCUCUACAAGCUAACGCCAUUUUUGGAGUCAUCGGCGCGCUCUUGAUGGGUUUUAGCAAAAUCGCCUCAUCGGUAGAGAUGCUAAUUAUAGGAAGAUUUCUAAUCGGUAUAAACUGUGGCUUUGCAACUACUGCCUCCCCGACUUACGUAUCGGAGAUAUCUCCUUUAAAACUCCGAGGUGCGUUCGGUACUGUUAAUCAAUUGGCGGUCGCGCUUGGUCUCGUCGGAGCACAGAUUUUGGGGAUCGAUGUUAUUUUGGGGAGUAAUGACGGAUGGCCACUUUUGCUUGGGUUGGCGGUGUUCUUAUCUGCCAUUCAAUGCUUCAUGUUGCCAUUCGCACCGGAAUCCCCUCGAUAUGUGUUGCUGGUACAAAGGGAUGAGGAGCAAGCGAGGGCGCUACUUGCUAAGAUCAGAGGAACUGGUAACAUCGAUGAUGAAAUUAAUGAAAUGCACGAAGAGGACAGGGCUGCUAAACAAGAAGAGAAAUUCACUAUUGGAGAUUUGUUUAGAAUAAAGGCUUUGCGAACGCCUCUUAUAAUUGGAAUCGUUAUGCAUUUAUCUCAACAAUUAGGUGGCAUAAACGCAGUAUUAUAUUAUUCCUCUACAAUAUUCGAGAAUGCUGGUUUAACGGUUGAAAAUGCUAGAUUAGCUACCAUUGGUGUUGGAAGUAUUUUGUUUAUAAUGGCGCUUGUGUCCAUCCCGUUGAUGGAUCGUUUGGGCAGGCGUACAUUGCAGCUGUGGGGUCUCGGUGGAAUGGCAUUGGCUUCAGUUCUUAUGACCAUUGCUUUCUAUACGUACAAAGACAACUUUACUAUGAGUAUAUUUGCUGUAAUUUUCACAUUGUUUUACGUCGCUUUCUUCGGUGUUGGUCCGAGCUCUAUCCCUUGGAUUAUUCUUUCGGAGUUAUUCGGCCAAGGCGCAAGGAGCGCUGCUGUCAGCGUUGGCGCGGCUGUGAAUUGGUUUGCGAAUUUCAUAGUCGGUCUCGUUUUCAUUCCAUUGACCAACCUAUUAGGCAAUCUUGUGUUCUUGCCUUUCACGAUACUCUUGAUCUUUUUCUACGUGUUCGUUUACUUCAAACUACCGGAGACGAAGAAUAAAACUAUCGAAGAAGUAACGGCUGUUUUUAAGAAAUAAAUUUAAGUUGAAACAUUCCUUUUUAUUGUAAGUUGCAAUAUCUUGUGAUAUUUGCCGUUAUUGAGUGCGAUGACGGAUAAUUUGUAUGUGAUUUUCGGUUACUAAUGUUCGUGUUUGACAUCUUCGUGAUAUAUAUUGAUGUUAGAUUGAAUUCUGGUGUCGCAAUCUUGUCAAAAAACCGACAUAAAUAUUUUGAAAUAUAUGGAAAUUAAGAUGUCAAGUACUAAGGGAUUACGAACAAAAGAUUUCAUUUAAAAUUAAACCACGUCGAAUCGCAUAUUAGGAAGACUGAUGCCUUAUUUAUUUCUAAACUGCAACAUAUUCUUAAAGUACUUAUUCCUUUAAAUUUAAAGUAAAAUGUAUUGAUAUUUGGCGUUUUCAUAUAUGAAAAUAUAAAAAGAGAAAUGACAAAAUAUAUUUAACAUGUUUCUACCUAUAUAACCUGUACAUUAGAUAUAAAAAUCUUGUAAUUCAUGACUUUAUUUCCAAUAGUUUUUAAAUUAAGAUUAUUUUAAGCUAAUUGCAAUAUUAAUAGUGAAUGGUUUGUGGACCAUUUCUUUUUAUUCUAUAAUUUGUUAUCGAAGAUUUUUCUUAUAGAACAAGGAUUGUUAUAUAUUACGUUUUUUAUAUCAAGUUUUCUAUAGUGCCUUAAAUUAUUUUGUUAUUUCUAACAUUUCUAUGGUAUUUCUGUUGAACCCUUUUAACGUAUAUUAGUAUAAAAAUCAUAUAAACUACGUAGAAUUUCCAACCGUCCUAGUAUAUUUAGUGCCAAUUUUAUUUCUUUAGAUUAUAAGGUUGUUAUGUUUUGAAACACUCCAAUUACCAUCUCCACUAGAAACACUAAGUUAACACCUAAUUUUAGUAAAUUUACUAUGUUCACUAUGCACGUAGAAAUCUAGUGUAUUUAAGUCGCAUUUACAGUUUUUUUUUCUGUUUCCGUCACCGUAAAAAUGUCGAAUAAAUGUAUGGAUGAAAUUCGAAAAUCAAAAACACGUUACAUGUCGAGGAUCGAACCUGAACGUUUAUAGAUUACGGGGGCGUCAAGAGCUUAACAACUGUGUCAUCGACGCCGUAUUAUUAUGUAUUGUCUACUCUCUAUCUUAUAUAUUUUAUUUAUAUAAAUUAUGUAUUUAAAAAAAAUAAGCAAAAAGCACAAGUUAUAAUAAAUAAAAUAGAUGGAUAUCUU